AUGAGCCGUUUUGGUGCGAGCACUGCCGACACUCCACGCUCGAGCUACAACACAAACGGAGGAGGCGAUAGCGUUGAUCCAAGUCGACAACCAAAUAGUAAAAGUGUAGAAGAUGCAACAAGUAGUAAUAAUAAUAUCAGCAGAAUAACACCUGAACAUUCCAAUGAUCAUACCAAUGUUUCUUUCCAAAACAAAGCUUCCGAUAGUACGCUGGGUGAUGGCGAUAAUAGAAAAUUAUUGACUGAUUCAACACUUGGGAGCAAAGAGGAUUUGAUGAAGGGAUCCUCUUCGGUAAACUCUCGGAACAACAAUUCCAUCGUUAAUAACAAUGGAAGAAGAAUUUAUGGUGCAACGACGCCAAGCAACUCAACCACUAAUACGGAUUCUGUUCAUCUCUCCAGAAGAUUGUAUGAAGGAUCGUCAUCAUCGGGACAGCAAGGUUUCAACGAUCGUGGUCGGUAUGGCAGUCAAUCAUAUAAUAGGAACCGGGGUAGUAACCGAUAUUACAAUGGUGAGAGUCCAAAUCAAUCACACAGCCAAAACAACAGAAAUGUUCCAUCUUACAACAGAGAACGACGAUACACGAAUACUUCGGGUGGAGCGAGUAGUAGUAAUUACUCAAAUAGAGGCCACCGUCGGACUGACUCAUACGAACAUACUCUGCACAAUCAAUAUAAUCCUUUUCCUCCCUAUGAUGAUGUCUAUGCACCUCACAUGAUGCAUCAUCACUAUCCCGAAACUAUGUACAAUUAUCCUCCUUUUCAUCCUGUCGACAGCUCAGGAUAUGCAAGUCAUCCGUAUGCUGCUCAUCAUCCCACUGAAACCUCCAACUCCUCCACAACUCCUUCCGAUCCCUAUCUGACGUCUCCUAGCAAGAGUGACAGUCACUACAAUGAAGACUAUGCAAUGCCCUAUCCUUACCUACAAUAUCCAUAUCCCUACCCUUAUCCAUAUUUUCCAGGUUAUCCCGUAGCUCACCCCAUGUCAUACGAUAAAGGAAGAGUUGAGCAAAAUCAAUCAUUCAACAGAGAACAUUACAAAAAUACUAGAAAUGAAGAGGAAGUCAAAGAUACAAUGCAAGAAAAUGAAAAAACAAUAGAAAAGAACAAAGAAAACAUUACAGCGAACGAUUCCUCAAAAUCAGAGCCAGAAAAAGAGAAAUUACAAGAGGAAGAGGAGCAAAUAAUAGAGAGCACCACGGUGCCUAGAGAUCCAAGACUAUUCGAAUAUUAUAUUGACGAAAAUGCUACAGUGGAGGACAAGGGAGACGCAAAAAAAUCCAAGAAAAAAAAAUACAUUCAAAGCACAAAAUCUAUCAAAAAGUCAGAAUAUUUCUCAAAAAUUCAACUAUCCACGACUCUUGAAAUUCCCCCAAUAUGUCUUGAGCAAGGGUUUAUUGUGAACACAAAGGAAUACCUGCGGAGUUUAACAGUUAAAAAGCAGCCUAAAAUAGCUAUUUCUGAAAUACCUAAAGAUUUUAAAGCUGGUCAUAUUGCAGACAUCAUAAAAACUACAGGAUCAAUAACUGAAUUUGAUGCAUAUUAUAACAAGGAGACUGAUCAAGUAAUAUUUGCAACUGCAAUAUUUAAAGAUUUUGACACCUGCAUAAGAGCAGUUGAAGAGCUGCAUGACGACAAAAGCAUAAAAUUUAGUAUUGAAUACGAUUUUUACGGAGUAUUAGAAGACGAAAAGGCGAUUUCAAAUCCGAAUCUCAUAUCAGGGAAAAAAAGAGAGCAAGAAAAGAAAGAAGAGAAACUCAAAAAGCAAGAAAAAGAAAAGCCAAAGCCAAAACCUUACCAACGUGAGGAACUUGUGAACAUGUUUGAUUAUUAUCCCUAUCCUUAUCCCCUCUACCCAUUCUCUUAUCCUUACUAUCAACAAGGUUAUCAGCCUUCUUCUAGAUUUCAACUAAAAGUUUUGACCAAAUAUCCACGCAGUAAGAAAGACAAACUUUCAAACGUAUUUUACGAUUAUAUGUGCUCUCGUUUCUAUUUUAACGAGACCGAGCAAAUGUAUAUAGUAGAGUUUAACAAUCCAGACGAUCUCACAUCAGCAUAUCAACACUUAAAUAAUCAUGUUGUUUUAGGGUAUGUGAUGGAGCUUGAACCAAUCUAUCCUGAAAAUUAUCAACCUACAGAAACCUCAAUACAAGAGAAACUCUAUGACAGAAUCAAGCUUAAGAUUAAGGAGGCAUUGUUGAAAAGGUUUAGGAAAAAUGUGUUUGCUCCAUUUGCUAAAAAUAUAUUAGAGUCUAAAAAGCAAAAAGAUUCAGAAGAUGUCAUGAAGAAUAUUGUAUUGGAGAAAAUCAAAAGGGAUCUGGAAGAAAAAGAGAGAUUUUUGGAAAGGUUUGCAAUGCAAAGCAAGGCAGAAAAAGAGGAACCGCAAUCCAGCGAAGAUGAGAAAUCAGAAAAUGACGAGCAUGAUCUGAUUAGUGAAGGAUCCUCUAAAUAUAUGAGAGAAGAAAACGAUUUCCAAUCACCAAAAUUAGAAGAUCAUAGCUCAUUAUCCAAAAAUCAAGAUAGAAUGGAGCAUGACAGCGAGGAAGAAUAUCAAUUUGAUGAUGAGGCCUCUCUCAAUGAUCAACAUCAAACAAAUUUAGAAGGAGUUACAUCAGAAGAGACCAAUUUAAAGAAGAGGAAGCAUCAUGAUCUAAAGAAGGCAGGUAAAAAGAAAGCUCAAAAUGUGCCAUUUAAACUCUCAAAGGAAGAACAAGAAAUUGACGAAAAAUUGAAGGCAAUCACGGAUGGAUGCUCCAAACUCAGAGGUCUGACCCUUAAAGAAAUAAGAGAAAUGAAAGAGAUCAAAAAACCAGUGUCUGAGAGCGUUGUUAAGGAUAUGAUGAAAAAUACAAUGAGAAGAAUGGAGUUAGAAGCUAAGAAAAAUACUAAUGAAAGUAGAAGACAGCGUGCAGAGUCAAGACGAGCACUGAAAAUGGCACAAGACGACACAAAAGUCAACCAAUUCCAAAAUAGAGCAAAGAAGUUAAAGUUUGCUAAAUCACCAAUUCAUGAUUGGGGAUUAUUUGCUUUGGAGACUAUUGAAAAGGAUGAAAUGGUUAUUGAGUAUGUUGGAGAGGUCAUUCGAGAAGCACUCUCAGAUAUUAGAGAAAAACGAUAUGAGCAAAUUGGUAUCGGUUCUAGCUAUCUAUUCAGAUUAGACGAUGACUAUAUCAUUGAUGCAACUAAGCGUGGUAACUUGGCCAGAUUUAUUAAUCACAGUUGUGACCCUAACUGCUGUGCUAAAAUUAUUGAGAAAGAUAGGCAGAAAAAGGUUGUUAUUUAUGCUACCAAGAGAAUUGAAAUUGGAGAAGAAAUCACGUACGACUACAAGUUUCCACUCGAAGAGAAUAAGAUUCCAUGUCACUGUGGGUCUGCCAAGUGCAAAAAGUGGUUGAAUUAA